GACUAAAUUGAGACGUUAAAAUCGCACCGUGCUAGUUCUUCCUCACCUUAUCAGUACAGUGUUUUGAAACUCACGACAUUUAAACUAUGGCAAACAAAGCGGAUGUUAAUCUAACUGGAGUCAAACAAAGCAAAGGCGUGUGGCUUGUUAAGGUUCCCAAGUAUUUAUCUCUGCAAUGGGACAAGGCCACAGAAAAGAGAGAAGUUGGAAAGAUUACCAUCGGAAAGAAACAAGGCAAAACAGACGUAUGUUUCAGUCUGAAUGAGGAUCUGACGACCCUGUGCACUGCGGGGGACAAGGAUGCAUCACUGCAGGUCCCGAGAGAACACCCCUUCACUAUGCACACAGAGGGUGGACAGACCAUGGCCAUCUUCAGCCAGAGCGACACAGAUGGAAUCAGUCUGGAGGGGAUGGUGGUGCACAGAGCUGAAUGCAGACCGGUCGUCAAUGACGACUACAUGAGGCUGAAGAAGCUGCAGCUUAAAGAGUCUACGAAGCCUCAGCGUUUGUCACAGCAGCUGGAGAAAGCUGUCACUACCAUCUUCAAGCCUGUGGCUAACCACGAUUUCAAUUUGGAGCACGAGAAGAAGAAGAAGUCAGAUGGGAAAAUGGUGAGAGCUGAGCGGCAGAUCGUGUUGGACAUGCUCUUCUCUGCCUUUGAGAAGCACCAGUAUUACAACAUUAAGGACUUAGUGGACAUCACCAAACAACCUGUUACCUACCUGAAGGAAAUUGUGAGGGAGAUCGGGGUGUACAACAGCAAAGGGGCGCACAAGAGCACCUGGGAGCUGAAGCCGGAGUACCGGCACUACCAGUCUGCUGAGGAAGAGGAGGAGAUGCAAACCACCUGAUUCCAGCCUCUUCCUCCCGGCAUGUCACAUGGGAAAGAACAAAAGGUUUUAUUUCGUGACUCCCUGAAUAUAGAUGUCAAAAGGGAAAUACUGCUUGAUAUGCUGCUUAUAUAUGUAUGUGAUGAUUUUGAGUUUACAUUGUCAUUGGGUGGAAAAUCUGCUAUGCACAGCGUGUCGACAUAAAUAAACAUGUUCACGGUGUUUUAUUUUAA